AUGCCGUACCAGUACCGGCCUUUGCAGGAUGCCAGUCGGGAUAUUCGACUUCUCGAAAUCAAUCAUGGCGAUGGAAGUCCGGGUCACAUCAGCUGUUCCAUUGUUCAUGACAGUUUGGACGACGAUCCCGACUUCACGGCCCUCUCGUAUGUCUGGGGCGACGCUACCCAACCUCGCUCAAUUCUCCUCCAAGGUCAGAACGUCGACGUCACGCAAAAUCUAUACUGCGCUCUCGAGCGGCUCGCCAAAUUCAGCAAGUCACAGGUCACCAAAAUCUGGAUCGAUGCAUUGUGCAUCAAUCAAGCAGAUGACGAGGAGAAGGCACAACAGGUGCAGUUGAUGGGCAGGAUCUACAGCAGCGCGCGCCAAGUCCUCAUCUGGCUCGGGCCUGAGGACGAUGCCAGCGUCAGCGCUCUCCACCAACUCAGUCUCCUAGGCAGCACACUUGAGGACCUCAAAGGCCGUCCUGACUACGGGCCUUCCAUCUGCCAAGGAUUCGUUAAAACUAUUCUUGAGUGCUCGGGAACCAGCUUCAAUUUUGCUCACAUAUGUACUCUGUUCCAACGCCCGUGGUGGACACGGGUUUGGGUGAUCCAGGAAGCACUCCUAGCUAAAAAGGCCUAUGUCGUCAUUGGCGAUCAUGCAAAGGACUGGAAAGAAGUCCGCAGUGCUUGGAGUGCUUUCGAGUGGAUGAUACUAUACGUCGAUACCGAUCCCAAGUAUCAGCCCAUCUACGACGCGCUCAGGGAUGUCUACUUUAGGAUUGCCCAUUUUAGCCACAUGAAUAACAACAAGGACGGCCCCAGACAGGAGACAUCGCUCUUCAAUGCCGCCUUCUUCUCCGCUACCGGUGGCGCUAUUCAAUCAACGGACUCUCGGGAUCGAAUAUACGGACUACUCGGCCUGCUGACUGAAAGAGAUAGGAGGAGGAUACCUGUCGACUAUUCAAUGGCCAUGACUCUGGAGAAAUUGCUGUUCUUCACUACGAAGGCAUUAGUCGAAGAUCAUGGGCCAGACGUGUUAUCCUACCGUCGCCCUACGUCCCUCUCACCCGGCCUCCCCAGCUGGACUGUUGACUGGACUGUCAAGAUGAUUGCAACCAUUGGAGGCUUCAGUACUGGAUCAAUGAUGUACGACGCAUCCAAAGGGACAACGUGGUCUCCGACUACAUUCGACGCCACUUUUGAGAGCCCUUGCAUCAGCCUCAUGGGUGUUGUUGUUGGCCGCGUUAAGGCUACUGGGAAUGUGUUGGAGUCCAUUGCUAACUCACCUUCAUAUAUCAAGGAUUGCAAGGAAUGGCUCUUGGAGCUUGAAGACCUCGUUUGCCACAAUCUUGAAGAUGGUCCAAGACGAAAGGUUAUCUUCCAGAACCUAUGGAGAAUACCGAUCACAGAUAUGGGUCUUGUGGGCCGCGCAAAGCCGGAAGACGGAUAUCCAGAGGCUUACGAAGUUCUUACCGGGAUCGCGAGACCCCCCUCCUGCGAUGCGCAGGACGACUGGAUCGCAUCGGCUUCUUGGCCAUAUCGUCGGGUUUGGAGGGUGUUGGGGCAUCGCCCAUUCAUCUUCAAGGACGCAGAUGGAACACCCGGCCUCGGGCCAAGAGAUGUUUGUCCCGAGGAUUUGGUUGUCAUAUUCUCCGGCAGCCACGUUCCUUUCGUUAUCCGCGAAUCCUCACAUGGAUACAGCCUCAUCGGCCCCACGUAUGCGUACGGUUACAUGGACGGCGAAGAGUUCACAGGCAUCGUUGCUGCUCAUGGCCUGCAGGAAUUUCAGCUUCGCUAG